AUGGUGCCCCAAACGCCCAGGAAAUCCGAGGAGAGAGGUCUGGGUGUACACGGCGAGUCUGGCAGGACUCCCGUAGCCUACACCACCAACCAAUUCCGCCAGUAUCUGUUCAAUAUCACUUCCAUCCUCAACGAACCCCCAUCAUGCUUUCCCAAUACCGCCCCCAACGCCAGCUCCCACUCUAACCCAGGGUCAAGACCAGAACCAGGCCCCGAGCUCCGCAUCCACUUCCCCUCUGUCCCCGUAACGGCGGAAUCCAUCGCCUCCCGUCCCAGCCAAUCCAUCUGGCCAGCCCACGUCCAAAUCCAAUUCGAGUUUCCCAACCGCCACUUCGUUCGCAAGGAACAGAGUGAUUUCGGCUGGGACUGGGGUCCGGCGUUUAUGCCUACGGGGGUAUGGCAGAAGGCUUGGGUUGUGCAACUUCAAAAAGCAGAAGAGAUUCAUGUCCGCAACUCGUUGUGA